AUGGCCUUCCACUUCAACUGGUCGCCCUUAACGGCCGACGCCGACUUCUACCGCCGCGCCCGCGAUCUCCUGACAAAGGCGCUCAACAAGUCGCCCAAGCCGCCCAUCAUCGUCGAUGACAUCCUCGUCAGCGAGCUCAACCUCGGCACCGUGCCCCCCGACCUGGAGAUUCUCGAGAUCGGAGACUUGGCCGAGGAUAGAUUCCGGGGCAUCUUCAAGAUGUGCUACUCUGGCGACGCCUACCUGACCCUCAAGACGCGAGUUCAGGCAAAUCCCCUGAACACCUAUCUCUACUCCAAGCCGUCCUUUACCUCUCCGCAACCGCUGGCAGCUGCCUCGGGCCUCACCAUCCCGCUGUCCAUCACCCUGUCAGAGAUCAAGCUGUCCGCCUUCAUCAUCCUGGUCUUCUCUAAGCAGAAAGGCCUCACCCUCGUCUUUCGAAAUGAUCCUCUCGAGUCCCUCAAGGUCUCGUCCACCUUUGACUCAAUUCAGUUUGUCCGCGACUACCUGCAGAGAACCAUCGAGCAACAGCUGCGGAACUUGAUGAUGGAGGAACUGCCUGCCAUCAUCCACCGACUGUCACUCCAGCUCUGGUGUCCCGACCAAGCCAACAGGGGCACUCAGACGCCCCAGGACGAUUUCCACGAGCAGGGCGCCGAUCCCUUUGCGAGCCCUCCUCUCGAUCCCGUCGAUGCCCACGGCAACUUGCUGGACCCCAACGCGGUGUCCGAACUCACCCUCAACGGAGGCGGCGAGGUGCAGUCGCUCUUUUCUCAAAAAAACCUACUGCGCCUUGCCGCCUUGACCGACUGUCACCGCACCAUUUCGCUCUUCACCCCCGGCAUCCGAGAUGUCGUGUUUCGCGCCUGGUCUGGAUACGGAGACCGCUCAGAAUCUGCAACCCCGCCUCUCGCCACUCCCUGUCUUACGAGAACCUACUCAUUCCCUUCCGGAGGCUGCACCACCUACACCUUUUCCGACUCGGGCAGCACGGCACACGAUCAUGUUCCAUCCAGGGCCUCGGUGGUAAGCCUCGGUUCUGCAACCGCGGGUCUAUUGUACGGACCCAGCCAUCGCGCUCGACCCGGUCGCAAGAAGAAGAAUCGCGUCGUCAAUCUGAGGCGCUCCAAAUCAGAAACGGGCUCCAUUGAUGACUCAUCGGAAGCCUGUUCAGAUACCGCCUCGGUAAACGUCCCAUUUACCGAACCUGUUCCUGAGGAGAUCGAGUCGCAAGCAGACGAGCUCUCCAAUACUCCUUUCGGCGGGAGCCGCUAUGUUCCCGCACACGAGGACGUGUCGCCGAUACGCCCAACUCUCUCGUCUCAGCUAUACGAGAAGAAUGAUGAGUAUACGGCUUCUCCCAGAACCUACGAGGUUGCAGGCGAGCUCCCGGCCCCGUCUUUCCAGUCCGUUUUGGAAAAGACCGCCCUAGGUUCCAAGGAGUGGGCUGCCCCGAUCCGUCAUGGGCGAUGCGGCGGCUCCGACACGUCGUCUGUGAUUCUCGAGCAGGCGUGGAUCAUGAAGAUGGCCGGCGAAAUCGCGCGCCGCGUCUACGAUGAAAAGAACCGUCGACGUUCGAGCAUGUGGGACGAGCCCGAACACCCCCCGCCUCCGGCCUACGAAGCCACCGCCCUCUGA